UGUUCCAGAUUGUGCUGUAGACAAAUUCGGUGUAGUUGUUGUGGUUCUGUGCCGCUGAAUGUUCUCGCUAUCAAAGUGCGUUGUUGUUUACUACCAUUUUUGGGUGUGUUUAGACUAAAAGGUGCGUAGACUAAACGUAAGGUCGUUGUAGUUUUGUGGAUCAGUAAGAUUUUGCAGUACAUUAUGCCGAGCCACCCGCUGCGUGUAGCGGUGGUGUGUUCGAGUAACCAGAACCGCAGCAUGGAAGCGCACAACAUCCUCAGCAAGCGAGGUUUCGAUGUUCGAUCUUUUGGCACCGGAAGCCAUGUGAAACUCCCAGGACCCACUCCAGACAAGCCUAAUGUGUAUGACUUCAAAACCUCUUACGAACAGAUGUACAGCGAUCUGGUCCGAAAGGACAAGGAACUAUAUACACAGAAUGGCAUCCUGCACAUGCUGGAGCGCAACAAGCGCAUCAAGACAAGACCUGAACGUUUCCAGAACUGUAAGGACCAGUUUGACCUGGUGAUCACCUGUGAGGAGAGAGUGUAUGACCAGGUGCUGGAGGACCUGAACUCUCGUGAACAGGAGACGUUCCAGCCGGUGCACGUAAUCAACGUGGACAUCCAGGACAACCACGAGGAAGCCACGCUUGGAGCUUUCCUCAUCUGUGAGCUGUGUCAGUGUAUUCAGCACACUGAUGAUAUGGAGAAUGAUAUUGAUGAGCUGCUGCAGGAGUUUGAGGAGAAAAGCAGCCGUCCGUUCCUUCAUACGGUCUGCUUCUACUGAUGUCUGCUGCGCAUGUACACACACACACGCGCACACACACACACCAUCACCAUCCUGAGGCCCAGCUGGACUGGUCACACAGACAUCAUCACACUGACAUCAUUUUGAUCUCAGAGCUGCAGCAUGCGCCGCCUGUGUUGCCACACACAAACACACACACACACACACACACAAACACACACACACACACACAUUCUGUUUCAUCCCAGAUAAUGAAACACUGUUCCCUGAGUCAGAUACAGCUCUCUCUCACACACACACACACACACACACACACACAUACACACACACACACAUACACAUACACACACACUCUCACACUCACCACAUUGUGUAUGUAUUAAUCACACAACACAGGACAAACCUUUCUUUUCCUCUCUGAGAAUAUUUUUUUUAUUGCUCUAAUAAUUGCUGAAGAAUAAUGAAUAUUUCGGUUGUGUAAUUUGGAGACGAUCAGCUGUGUGUAAGCAUUGACAUGUUUUUACUUGAAUACAGAUGAUUAUGAUGAUGAACCAGAAAAUGGGUUUCAGAUGUUAUUUCUGUUUGUGUUCAUAGUUAUUUAAACAUUACGGAAACUCUUCAGGAUAUUUUCAUUGUUUCUGAUCUUGCUUUUUUUUUUUUUUUGUAAACUGUGAGUGUGAUUGUAAGUCCAGAGUGCCUGAACAUGUGUAAAUAGAACACUUAAAUGAAAAAACACCAUAAUAAACUCAGUGAAAUGCAAUGAA